GCCGGAGCCAUGCGCGCGGCCGCGCUGGGGCUGGCGCGCCGGGCGCUCUGGGCUCUGGCCCUCUCCUCCCUCUCCAACACGCUGGCGGUGAACAACAGCGGGCGCUGGUGGGGCAUCAUCAACGUGGCCUCGUCCACCAACCUGCUGACGGACUCCAAGAACGUGCAGCUGGUGCUGGAUCCCAGCCUGCAGCUGCUGAGCCGCAAGCAGCGCAAGCUGAUCCGGCAGAACCCCGGCAUCCUGCACAGCGUCAGCUCCGGCCUCCAGACAGCCAUCAAGGAGUGCAAGUGGCAGUUCCGCAACCGCCGCUGGAACUGUCCCACCUCGCAGGGCCCCAACAUCUUCGGCAAAAUCGUCAACCGGGGCUGCCGGGAGACGGCGUUCAUCUUUGCCAUCACCAGCGCCGGCGUGACGCACUCGGUGGCCCGGUCGUGCUCCGAGGGGUCCAUCGAGUCCUGCACCUGCGACUACCGGCGCCGUGGCCCCGGGGGGCCCGACUGGCACUGGGGGGGCUGCAGCGACAACAUCGACUUCGGGCGCCUCUUCGGGAGGGAGUUUGUGGACUCCAGCGAGAAGGGCCGAGACCUGCGUUUCCUCAUGAACCUGCACAACAACGAGGCCGGGCGCAUGACGGUCUUCUCGGAGAUGCGCCAGGAGUGCAAGUGCCACGGCAUGUCGGGCUCCUGCACCGUCCGCACCUGCUGGAUGCGGCUGCCCACCUUCCGCGCCGUGGGCGACGUCCUGAAGGAUCGCUUCGACGGCGCCUCCCGCGUCAUCUACGGCAACAAGGGCAGCAACCGGGCGUCGCGGGUGGAGCUGCACCACCUGGAGCCCGAGAACCCGGCCCACAAGCCGCCCUCGCCCCACGACCUCGUCUACUUCGAGAAGUCCCCCAAUUUCUGCACCUACAGCGGGAAGACGGGCACGGCGGGCACGGCGGGGAGGUUCUGCAACAGCUCCUCGCCGGGGCUGGACGGGUGCGAGCUGCUGUGCUGCGGGCGCGGGUACCGCACGCGCACCCAGCGCGUCACCGAGCGCUGCAACUGCACCUUCCACUGGUGCUGCCACGUCAGCUGCCUCAACUGCACCAACACCCAGGUGCUGCACGAGUGUCUGUGACCCCCCCCCCGGCCCCCCGGGACCGCCCUGCCCAGCCCCGGAGGGGGUCUGUGCCACACGCCCCCCAUGACGGGUGCCCGGCUGGAUUGGAGGCGCCCGUGGGCGGGGGUAUGGAUGUGCCCCCCAGGGACCCCCGUCCUGCCACGGGUGGGCUCGGUGCCAUGCACCUUCCCGGCCCCCCCCCGGCUCCACGGGGUCCCCUUCUCGCUGUAAAUAAAAUAUUUAUUGUGGACGGUUCGACGCCGUCGCCCCCUCCCCGCUUCGCUGGCCCCAGGCCCUGUUUUUUGUAAUUAAAGAAAAUAAUAAUUAAUAAUAAUUAAUAAUAAUGAUGCUUUGUUACAGGUGUCACUGAUAGCCUUUAGAGAAGAAUAAAGGAUAUAUUUUUAUCA